UUCUUUUUUUGGCAUCAAGUGUGAUUUUUUUUUUGUCAAUAGAUAUCUUCUUAGCUCAAAAAAGGAAAACAAGUAUCAAAAAAAUUACAACUUUACGAUUUGCUUAGAAAGGAGAAGACAUCUGGAGCAACAGGAUUUACAAAAGUUAUUAUCUUUAUCGAUUUCUCUUCUUCCUAGACCCAACAGACGAAGAGAAUUUGUUGUUGGUUGUCUCUGGUCUCUUCGUCUAGGUUUUUUUUGGGUUAUUAAAGAUGGUGAGGAUCGUGAGAAGUUGUUUACAGUCCAUGUUAAAGCUCGUGAAUUCUCUAAUUGGGAUGGUUGGGAUUGCUAUGAUUCUCUACGCUGUUUGGCUGAUUAGGCAAUGGCAAGAACAAAUGGGAAAUCUUCCUUUUGCUGAUUCUGAUCACCCUGUUCCGUGGUUCAUUUAUUCAUUUCUUGGUCUCGGGGCCAUUCUCUGUGUUGUCACUUGUGCCGGGCACAUAGCUGCUGAAACCGUGAAUGGAUGUUGCCUUUACUUGUAUAUGGGAUUCAUAGUCUUGCUAACUAUGGUUGAAGGCGGUGUAGUUGCCGAUAUCUUUCUAAACCGUGACUGGAAAAAGGACUUUCCAGAGGAUCCAAGUGGUGCUUUCCACCAGUUCUCUAAGUUCAUCGAGUCAAACUUCAAGAUUUGCAAGUGGAUAGGUCUCUCUAUUGUCUGUGUCCAGGGUCUAUCAGUUUUAAUAGCCAUGUUGCUCAAAGCUCUUGGACCUCACCCUCACCGACAUUAUGAUAGUGACGAUGAAUACAAUGUAAGCACAGUUGCACUCCUGCAGGAUGCUCGUCAGCCGCCUCCAUACGUUGUUGGAGAACCCAUGUAUGGAGCCAAACCGGGAGCUUGGACAGUUAGAUUAAUGAAAGGGCAAACCGGUGAGAGGUGAAAACAAAGAAACUCGUAGAAGAAAAUGGCAAAGCAGAGUCUGCUCUUUCCAUGUGUGCAUUUACUUUGGCUUCUUAUUGCAUCUCUUUCUUUCACUAUUUAUCUCUUGUAAAUGUUGAAUACAUAUAUUUGGGAUGUUCUUACAUAUUAAAGACUAUGUGAUGUAUGUAAAUCUCUCUCCACUCUAUUGUUGACCAAAAUUAUCAAGAUUUAUAUUCUGCAGGCUAGUUGGUAUGAAAUGGUUCUAGUUCUGUCAGGACAGG